GCGUUAAUGGCGCGAGAACGAAAUAAUUGGGCCCAAAGGCGCGCCAGCGCGGAGAGCGCACGAGAGCCAAAAUACUUCGCUCCAGAGACUUAGCGGCCGCCCCAGAUCUAGCCCAAAUCACCAUCUGCUCCAACCCUAGCCGCCGCCAACACGAGACGACGCCGAGCACCCACCACUGCCCGACCCCAGCCGCCCCUGACCACCCAUCGCAGCAGCUGUCCUCUCGGACCACCGCCGCCGCCGAGCACCCUCCUCCGUCGCCGUCAAGUACCCUCCUACACAGAUCUCGUCCGCGCUCCACCCAUCCCCAGCGCCGCCCAUCCCCAGCGCCGCCCAGAUGUCGCCUCUCCUUCCAUGCUUUCUCCCCGGGCAGCACUGUCUCUCCUAGGGUUUGCGCCACCGACCAUCCUAGUCGCCCCCCUCCCGUGCGUGCUCACCUCGACGUCAUGCUCUCCAGCCUAUCGUCCUUCGUCCGUGCUCCUCCGACCUCCCCCUUUUGUACUUCGAGCGUGAGGUAUGGUCCUGGUGCUUCCCGUUCUCUUGUAUUCUUUACUGUUCUUUCAAUUUUUCCAAUGAUUUGUAACACACAUGAGCACAUCUGCCAAAUCUUCUUCCUCUGCUUUGAGGAAAAUAGCAGAGCACUCUGAUGGAAGAACGUAUCUGGGACAGUCAGCCUCAGCCAGUGAAGACUAUAGCUCUAGGAAUAGUUGCCGCAUUGUUUUACUGGCACCUAGUGUAGGUGGAGAACAUGUUCUAAGAAAGCGGCUCCAAAAAGAUUUUUCCGCUUCUACUAUGGGACCUUGCAUGUGGGAUGAUGAGGGCAAUCAAAGCAGGUUUUCAAAGACACACAAGUUGAUGGAGGUUUGCAAGAUCUACAUACAAGCGGUUGACGGUUUGGAAGUUCUACAGCGGCUGAAGGUUUGGAGGACAUACAAUUAAGUUGGUGUAGUGAUAAUGUAGUGCACCUAGUUUGUUGAACCUGGAGACAUUGGCAAGUUCUGCUUAUUUUGGUGGUUGUUUUGGUACACAAGCCAUUGGAUGCUCAUUUUGGUUGUGUGGCACAUCUAGAAACAUACGUACUUUUUUGUGCCAGCACAAGUCCUUAUGUAUGGUUGUUUCCUAUAUGUAUGUAUCCAGAAACAUAUGUAUCUGGCAUGUUAUGUUUAUAUUGAAGGAAGUUUAAGGUUUUUAA